AAUCAGGAGGCCCGGCGGGUUCCCGGUUGUUGUGGUGACGCUAACGGCUCCGGUACCGUUAGCAUGCAGCAUGGCGUCGUUCGUGACCGACGUGCUGGCCAGCUCCGGCAAACUGGAGAAAGAAGACCUGUCCGGGAAAAUCAGCAAGAUGUCGCGCAAGGUGGAAGACACAAAGGAAGAAGUGUGCGACAUGAUAAACAAGAGGUAUACCGACUUCCUGCCCAGUCUCCAGGGAUCAGAGGAGCUGAUGGUUCAGGUCGACGAGGUCUCCAAAGAAAUGGAUGUCCUUAAAAACUGCAUUGAGACUGAGGUGCAGCAGAACAUCCACGUCGCUGUGGCGGAGUACGCGAAGCUGAAGCAGCAGCUGGAGAAAAAUACUAUCAUCAUAACAAUGCUCGGACACCUGAAAGAGUUUCACAACGCAAUGGAGGAGUUCAACAAAGCGUUAGUGGACAAGAAGUACGUGGACGCUGCCAACCAGCUGGAACGGGCGCGGGCCAGCGUGGAUUCACUCAAAGGUUGGAAGACGUCCCAGCUGCCGCUGCUCAGCGCUCUCCGCUCUGAGCUGACGGUGCAGAGAGAGAACUUAAUUUACCACCUGGGAGACGAAUGGAAGGGCCUCGUCAUCUGGAGGUUACCGUCUUCAAAGGAGCCCGCAGGUCUGAAGUCCUUCCUGAAGGUGGAGCUGAACCUGAGCCACGCCAGCAGUAAGGACGGGGAAACGACUCCACCUCCUCUGCUGCGCUGCGUCCUGCAAGCUCUCGCCAUCCAGGGAGACCUUCAGCACAAGAUCAAACUCUUCAGUCAGGUGCUGUUGAAGACCAUGCUGAAGCCGUUGGUGAUGUACCCGUCGCUGUGCGUCAGGGUAACGGAGCAGCAGAGCGAGGGAACCACCCUCGCCUUGCACUGUUUGGAGGAGAGCACCGAAGAGAGAUCCACUCCUUCACAGGUCUACAGCAAACUGCUCCUGGUGCUCAAGACUCUGCACACACACCUGCUAGAUGUGUCCAUUGGUGAUAAAAAGCUGUCGGCCAUCUUGGGGGAACUGAUCUGGGAGGAGAUUUCUCAGUGCAUCAUCCACGAGUGUCUGCUCUACUCCAUCCCGACCAACAGCAGCCAGCUGGAGAAAUACAACACUGUGAUUAAAGAAACCGAGGAGUUUGAGAAGAGUCUGAAGGAGCUGGAGUUUCUGCAGGGCGACUCCACGGACCUGCUCAAAUACGCCAGAGACGUCAACUGUCACUUUGCCAGCAAGAAGUGCAAAGAUGUGAUCGUGGCCGCCCGCAAACUCAUGACCUCCAAGAUGCACAACACCGUCAAAAUCACACCAGACUACAAGCUGCGUCUUCCCAAGCUGCCCGCUCCAGGUUCAGAGGUGAAGGUGAAGCAAGAGACCACAAAGGAGGAGCUGAUAAUGGAGAACACGAAGCAGCUGUCUGCGUGGAGUCUGUGUCUGCCCGCCUGUCGCAUCAGUGAGUCAGUGCAGCAGCUGAUGGAGCUCGCACUCAACACCCUGUGUGAAGCCGUUGGGAGCUCCACACAAUGUGCGCUACAACUCUUCUUCACCGUUAGAAACAUCUUCCAGCUGUUCUACGAUGUCGUACCGACGUACCACAAGGAGAACCUGCUCAAGUUCCCUCACCUGGCGGCCAUCCAGCACAACAACUGCAUGUACCUGGCUCACCACCUGCUCACACUGGGCCACCACUUCAGAGCUCACCUGCCUCAGCCACUCAGCGAGGGCGUUGCAACGUUUGUUGACAUGGUGCCCGGAUUCAGGAAACUGGGUGCCCAGUGUUUCUUAGCGCAGAUGAACGUCCAGAGAGCUGAACUGUUAGAGAGACUUUCCACCGCUCACAACUUCUGCAACCUGGACGAUGAAGACAACUACAUUGCAGCCAGCAAGGCAGUGAGACAGGUCAUCCAUCAGUUGAAGCAGUUGGGAACAGUGUGGCAGGACGUCCUCCCGGUCAGCAUCUACUGUAAAGCCAUGGGCAACCUGCUCAACACGGCCAUCACAGAGGUCAUCGCCAAAAUCAUGAUGCUGGAGGAUAUCUCCUCCGAGGACGGGGAGCACCUCCACACUCUGUGCCAAACCAUCAUUGAGGAGGGCCCGCUCGUCUUCAUCCCUCUGGCGGAGGAGAACAAGAACAAGAAGUACCAGGAGGAGGUUCCCCUCUACGUGAAGAAGUGGAGCACCUUCAAGGAGCUGGUCAUCGUGCUGCGGGCCAACCUGCAGGAGAUCGUAGACAGGUGGGCCGACGGUAAAGGUCCGCUGGCCGUGGAGUUCUCCAGCUCGGAGGUGAAGAAUCUGAUCCGGGCUCUGUUUCAGAACACCGAGAGGAGAGCCGUAGCGCUGACCAAAAUCAAAUAGAUGCUCGGGAUGGAACAUCAGAAAGAUACUAAAAGCACUUUUCACACCUUAAUUCAUUUCCAUUUACGGUCUCAUUGAAUAUAAACAAACAUACGUUUUAAAUGUGUGGAGGUGGAACAGUUUGCCCUCUCUGGUGAGGAUGUAAGCUGGUUGUAAUCAAUCCUUCUCCAACUGCAAUUAGUCCCGCAGAGAUUACACAGAGGCUUCUUUACAUCCUCCAACGUAUAUCUCCACACAGCCAACUGAGGUUGUGUAACCAGCGGCUGCCAUCUGCUAAUAUGUGAUGUCGUAUUCAGCGUUAGUGUCGCUGCACGUUGUUAAUUAAAGUUUGAAUUAAUGAACCAUCCAGCUCUAAAAAAGACAAACCCUGGACCUUCCAUUUGUUUUCUUGUACAAGCCUUCCAACUGAACUCUUCUAUAAUGUAUUUAUUACUUGACCAAAUAAACCAAAAGAUUCAACUUUUCAGAA